AGAUUUUAAAAUGUCUUCCAAACGUACAUCUCCAAAUGGAAAGCAACGUCUCUUGAACUUUCUUCGCGGUCUUCUUGAGGACGAUUCCCACUCGGAUCUUAUCACUUGGAGCAACAAGGAUACUCUUGAAUUUCAAAUGCUUAAACCGCACAAAGUCGCCGAGCUGUGGGGAGCUGCCACAGGAAAUCCUGGAAUGAAUUAUGAUAAGAUGUCUAGAGGACUUCGGUAUUUCUACACAAAUAACACAUUGAAGAAGGUUAAAGGGAAAGACUCUCGUUACUGUUUCCUAGAUACCCCAUUACUUGCACCAUUUCCCGAUUUCUUCCCGAAAGCCAAUGAACCUAUGAGACGAGUGCCGCUGUUUAGCAUUGAAAAUCUUCUAGCGAGCUCUGAAGAAACUACGUCGAAUUUCAGCCUUCAAUCUUCACCGAGCUCAAGCUCUAACUCAUCAUCAGCACGAACGAUGUCUGCAACCUCAUCGCCAACUUCUUCUUUGGAAGACGUUAUCAAUCCUCCAGUUCUCAUAGAUCCAUUUCAAAUGCAGAUGGCUCACAUCACCCAAACCUUCCUGGCAACUCAGUUACCGGCUCUGCAAGCAUUCCCAAUGCAACUUCAAUUGCAAUUUUUGAAGACACUACUACCAACACUAUUUCCAAACAAUAAUUAAUCAGAGUUUAUUUGAAUAGCUCUAACAUCUAAUUUUUUCCUCAAAUUUUACCCACGUCCUAGUUCUAGUUUGAAAACUUUAAGAAUUUUAUCUGCCUCCGUUUUUAAGUUGUCCCCAUUCCCUCCCCAGUUUUUCAAAAAAAAAUUCCAAUUGUGAUUUAUGAGCAUGAUAGAUCGAUGAUUACAACUAUGAGAUAUGAGAUCUAUAAAUAUUUAUAAAAAAUAUUGAAAUUAUCAGUAACCCUAAAUACAGUUAGGGUAGUAGAGUUUUUUAAAAUAAAAAAUUAU